GUAUCAGGUGUGUGUGUGUGUGUGUGUAUGUGUGUGAGUGGUCAGCUGACUGGCAGCCAGCGUCUCUGACAGCCGUCACAACACCGUGUGUGUGUGCUGCCUGACAGCCGGCCAGCUGCUCUCCUGUCGGGCCAGGCUGGGUUAUGUGUCCCGAAGUCAGAACCGGACACGGAGGUUUGUGCACCACCAACACAUGGCGGCCGAAAUUCAGCCUCAGCUUCAGCCGCAGGCUCGGAAGCCAUGUCUGCUGAGCAAGAUUGAGGCUUUCCAAGAUGUUGUUAGCACGGCGGUCAUCAUUCCCAAGGAGGACGGCGUUAUCAGCGUGUCUGAAGACAGGACGAUUCGGGUAUGGCUGAAGAGAGACAGCGGCCAGUAUUGGCCCAGUGUCUACCACACAAUGUCAUCGUCGUGCUCCUGUAUGUCCUUUAACCCAGAGACCAGGAGGCUGUCCGUUGGGAUGGACACUGGAAGUAUCUGUGAGUUCAUCCUGUCAGAAGAUUACAAUAAGAUGACCCCAGCACGAACCUACCAGGCCCACCAGGGCAGAGUGACAGUGGUGCUGUUUGUAUUGGAGAUGGAGUGGCUUCUGAGCACCGGCCAGGACAAGAACUUCACCUGGCACUGCUCAGAGAGUGGCCAGCAGCUGGGGACUUAUCACACAGCAGCCUGGGUUUCUGGACUACAGUUCGACGUGGAGACCAGACAUGCAUUUGUAGGGGACCAGUCUGGUCAGGUGACUAUCCUGAAGCUGGAACAGGACAGCUGCAGCCUUGUCACCACCUUCAAGGGACACACUGGUAAUGUGACUGCACUGUGUUGGGACCCGGUCCAGAGGGUGCUGUUCUCCGGCAGCUCAGACCAUUCCAUCAUCAUGUGGGACAUCGGAGGGCGCAAAGGCACUGCCAUCGAACUGCAAGGACACAAUGACAAGAUUCAGGGUUUGUGCUAUGCUUCACACACUCGCCAGCUCAUCUCCUGCAGCUCAGAUGGAGGCAUCGUCAUCUGGAACAUGGAUGUAACACGGCAAGAGACCCCUGAAUGGCUGGACAGCGACUCCUGUCAGAAGUGUGAACAACCUUUCUUCUGGAACUUCAAGCAGAUGUGGGACAGUAAGAAGAUCGGCCUACGACAGCACCACUGCAGGAAGUGUGGCCAGGCAGUGUGUGGCAAAUGUUCAUCCAAACGUUCCACCAUCCCCCUCAUGGGCUUCGAGUUUGAGGUGCGUGUGUGUGACAGCUGCCACGAGUCCAUCACUGACGAGGACCGAGCGCCUACAGCCACCUUCCAUGACAGCAAGCACAGCAUUGUUUACAUGCAUUAUGAGCCCACCACUGGAAGUCUGCUCACCUCUGGCACCGACAAGGUUAUCAAGCUGUGGGACAUGACUCCUGUGGUGUCCUGAGGUCUGUGGUCCAUUGGCAGUCGGCAGGAACCUCUGCUCACCAAACUGUGAUGGUCUCACGGCGGCAGUUGCUCUUGGAAGAGAGAAAGAGAGAGAGAGAAUGAAACUGAACUAUAUCAAUGUCAUCUGGAUAAUAUUUAACAGUUGUUCAUCAACAAGCUGUGGCUGCUGCACGUUCACAGUGAGGACACUGGAGGCCAAAGAAGCCUGGGAACAGGGCAGGCAAUGGUUGACACAAGGUUACAGACAGUUGUGGGUGUUUGUUUGUGUGAAGGGUGCUGUUGGGUGGGGGACAUGUCUGUAUAUAUGUGGGGUGGAGGGGUGGGAGUUGAAGCAUUUGACUUUGUAAGGUAUUGACACACUUUAUUUGCUUAAAUUUCAUGCAUUCCCUGUUGAUUACAUACUGGAAACUCACAUAACAGUAAUUGAAAUAUUUCUGCACUGUGGUCAGUGGGUCCCGUAAAACCAAAUGUUAGUAUUUUUUUAGAUGUGAAUCACUUCAUGGAACUCAUUCACAAUCUCAAACUCACUCAUUCCUGUUUACCAAGCUGUAGAUUUUCCAGGAGAGGGAGUUUCUCAGUCACCGCCAACCUGCACCACCUAUAGGAAAGGAAAGUAACAGCAACAGCAGUCUGUCUGUGAAAAUAAUCACCAGUUAAAAGCAAACUGACAAACAAGAGAUAAAACCCAAGGUUUAAAGUUCACCUAUUAUAUUCACAGCCCAUCCUCACAGGAAAAACAACAGUAUAGGUCUAAAAUUCAGACCAGCAAAAACCACCUUUUGUUACGUUUACGCCAUUUAGCAGCUGUAGUACUUAUGACACGGGCAAGCGACAUGGUUCAGAUGACGUCAAUACAAGAUGACUUGAUUUUGCUUAACUACGAGGAGGCGGUUGGAUGGAUGGCUAGAUAGUUAGAUGGCAAAAAGUGGGCUUUGCUGCAGGAGACUACAGUUUGCUUCCUGUUCCAAUUGAGGGUGUCAUGUUUCCAACUGCGACAUUUUUUAAAAAAUGGUCCUGUUCUGGAGUGCAUUACUAUGGCUGGCAGAUGGUGUAAACAUAACUGAAGGUUGUUUUAGCCGGGUACUGUCAUGUAAUUAUGAGGAAGUGUUGGUAUUCCGCACCAAAUGUCCUACAUUGAUAUUUUUCUCCUGUUGCUUUGUUUGCUUCUGUUACAGCAACCUAUUUUUUCUUUUUAUUUUACUCAAUUCUUUUUUUAAUCUAUUUUUCAUCAGGGCCCCCUCCUUUCCUCUGGAGUUCAUCUCAUCUAUCAUUCAUUUAAGUACAGUCUUGAAGGACAGAUGAGGCACAGUGACACUCAAGAGUGUCUCAGAGCAGAAAAUCUGCUCACGGUAGGCCAUCUUACAAUUCAUGGGUUUAAAAUGUAAAAAGCUAUCACUGUCCUUGCUAGUUCAAAAAUGUGUUACUUUCGUUGCUGGCAGGUGGUACAGGUUGGACUGAGGGGAGGGGGAGACUAAAGGAAGGAAAUAUUUCUCAUCUACUCCACUGGAUAUCACACAAAUUUGGUUUUGCCACUAAAGACAGUUCAGUUUCACAGUUCUUUAUUCAAAUUUUAGGGAUUAUCCAAUCAUUUCCAAAGAUACCAAAUAUACCAUGUUGAAUUUGGGGAAAAUGUGUAUAAAUCAACGCAUAUGACACCUAGAAUAAUGAAAUUUGAUGUGUGUGCAGCAUCGCACAGCUUCAAUAUCAUGUUGGAACAAGCAGAUACAGAAUAUAUCAGUGAUACUCUAGGGAGGAAAGUUUUCUUCAGUUAGAGAAAACUUCAAGUGGAAAUCGGAAAGUGGAAAUAUGAAGUUAAACCAUUGCAGCAGACAUUGAUGGUAAUCCAGACUCUUGCCAUGAUAUUGUAAGUACACAGUGUUAGAUCAACAUUUUGUAAUCCUUAAAUUAACCAAUCAGAUUGCUUGCUGAACUUUGAAAAAGAUCUUUUGUAUGUUUUGUCCUGUCAUCAGUGAAGCUCCUUUAUGAGAUUAUUUAUUAUUCUAGGUGUGGACUAAAUGUUUUUGACUUGCAAAUGCACAUAUCAAGCUAAUCAGUGGCAGCACAAACAUGAAUCAGGACUGUAAGGAAACUAAUGAAUGUGGUUUGAUUUUGUUCUCACUGUUACUGUUUCAUCAAGUCACUAUACUGUAUACUGACUUUCAUGUCAAUGCACUGGAAUCAAGAAGCAGAAAUAUGUCACAAAUCGCUGCUGUGAAGUGAAAAUAAUGACGUUUUUGCAAUUAUCACAUUUGUGCUUUAAAGAUCAAAGGGUAACUAAAUUGAAUUCUUCUAGUGUUUAAAAGCCUGCUGAAUAUUUUCCAAAGAUGUUUAACUUUUAGAUUGAAGAUAUGUUGAAGACAUCAUCCAACAGGAAAGAGACAGUUUGUUUUUGCUUGUCUGCACUUUGACAGCUACUCAUAAGGUACAUUCCCUGCAGCUGUUUCCUCAUGAAUGUUACCCUGUGAUUACCAAGACCUUAAAGGACCGUACCAGUGUAUACUUCACAUUUUUGCCAACCACUUUCAAAUACAAGCUUUACAGUUGUUGAUGUAUUUUUUCCAACUGUCAGAAACAUGUUGGUUUCCAUUCCGUUACAUAAAUGUUACAUUACUUGACAAGGAGUAAUGUAGACUUGAAAUGGUCUUAUACAACUUAAAUCUAAAACUCAACAGUGUAAUCAGCAAAAUAGGUUGCUGUGAUGUAUGUGAUUGAAACGCGCUAAAAACAAAUCAUUGGUAUAGUCCUUUAAAUACAACAAGACUACACAGGAGAUACUAAGUCACAAGAUCCACAAUAUCUAAACCUUUUUUUUUGCCAUCAAAAUGUUUGAUAAAUUCAAUUCAUCUGAGGCCAGUGGUCUAUUUUUCUGUUGCCGGAAAAAUAACAAAAUGUUGUGUUCCAGUGUCUAUUAAUGUAACCAUGUUUGUAUAAAUGAUGUAUUAAACGAGCAGGUAUUCACCUACUCCAACAGA